GAACAGAGAGUCCAAGCCCAGUUUUGCAUCCUUCAGAAAAGGAGGCCCGACUUAUCCUGCAGAGAGGGUCUUAAGCCCAAACCGGAGAGUGGAGCCUUCUGACGCAGCAAGCCCCCACUGCCCUGGGCAUCCCAGCGCCUUUGUUCUUGCUGUCGGGUCCCAGGUUGCAGAACACACUGCAGCCAAUCCUGAGCCAUGGGUAAAAGGAAAACACUUAACCCAGGCCGAUGAAUGUGUUCUUAUUUAUCUUUGACUCUGGCUGUAUCUGAUGUUCUGGGAAUUGACUUCAAACAGAAUCUCGAGGCGCCUGUUAAGGCCCAGCUGCCAAAGCCAGGCCCGCGGGGCGUGGCUUUUCCAGGGCCAGCCUCAGGCUCUAGGCCUCGCCAGGACCCCUCUCCGGGGCACAGGGGCGCGUCGUGUCCAAACGCCGGGCGGUGGGCGCGGAGGAGGUUUCAGCUCCGCAAGGGUGAGACUGAGGCUGAGGAGGGGUCGCUGGAGAUUUCCUGGAGACGACCCUCUGUGCGAAGCCCUGGAGAGACGCCACAGCACACCCAGAAGGGCGAAACUGGGGCAGGGUGGGGCCGCAACGGGCCUGGCUGGGAGGGGGCCCGCCUGAGAGGUGCCUCAACUCUCUCCUCGCUCCCACGGCUGGGAUCAGAGCCCAGCACACAGCAGGCGCCUACUUGGUGCAGGUUGCAGAGAACCCCCGGGGAUCUCGGGCCGCCCUCUGUCUGGCUGGAGGAAGCUUCUAGACCUGGGGGCUGGUUAAGCCGUGUGGUCACGACGGGCCGGGGAUGGGGAGGGCACUGUCGCGUGGCUUAGGUGGCUGACUCCGCGUGGCCAGGCCCGGCGAGAACCAGAGGCGGAUGGGGGAGCGCCCAUGCACCCACUCUGCCUAGGCCUAAGGACCCUCACUGGGAAACCGAGGCGGCUCCUCCAGACACCGGGGUCGGCCCCACAUGCUUCCCCAGGAGAUGUGUAAUCUGUUUCUGGACUGAGACCUGCCCUCCGUUGGAGCGCACCCUCAGCAAAGAUCCCCCCCUCCAAACCUCUGGUUGGGGGUUGCUGUCCCUUUUGCACAGGUCCCUCCCCACCCCCGCUCCGCAUAGACCCUUCUCAUACAGAUGCCCCUUGGUUCACACAUCCCUUUCCCUCCCCGGAGAUGGAGACCCCUCAGGGAGGUGGGGAGUGGAGGGCGGGCGCAGACGGAGACGCGCACGGCCGAGAGCAUCUCUAGCUGUCACUCCCCAGGCUCCCAGCAUCUGGAGCCGCGUCUCCACGCCCGCCACACGCACAGAGAUUCACAUGCUCGCAGGGACACACUCACACUAGCGCGCAGACCCCGCCCGCGGCCCCGCCCCGGCCCCUGCGGGCGUCCCCUCCAGCGCUCGCGCACCCGGCGCGCAGCCCGCCCCGGGUGGCGGGAGGCGGCGGCUUCGGGCAGAUUUGAUUUUCCCGCAGCCCGGGAGCCCCGGAGCCAGAGCCCCAGCCGAGGAAGUGGCGCUCGCAGCCGCGUCCCCAACCCCGCCGCGGAGACCCAGCGAGAGGCGCCGCAGCCCCUGCGCUCCGGGCUCGCUCCGCGCUGCCUGAGUUCGGCCACCCCCGCAGCUCGCGCCCCAUCCGGCCCCCCACACCCCUCUCCUUCUCCUGCACCCUUUCUGUCCCCGCCCCAAGCUCCCCGCCCCUCUCCCGGUGCCCCCUCCACGACUCCGCGCGUCCCUCCCGGUGCCCUCUCCCCGCGCUCCUCCGCCUCUCCCGGCUGCGCCUCAGCUCCCUUGUGCUCUUUGCGCUUCUCCGCUGGGCCCCCAGCCUCCUCGUCGCGUCACCCGCGCCCCCUCCUGUAUCCUCUGCCCCCGCUCCCUCCGCCCCGCUUCCCUCUCUCACUUCCCACGCCCCCUCUUCGCUCUCCUCUUUCCUCCCUUUGCCGCCCAGCCCCGGCUCUGGAGUUGGGGGAGAGCCCAGGGUUUCGGUUGCUUCGGAGGAGGCGUGAAUCGCGCAGGGAUUUACUAAUUUGGGGUGGAGGGCGCGGUGGGCUAUGGAGCAGCCCGAGGACAUGGCGUCGCUGAGCGAGUUCGACUCCUUGGCGGGCAGCAUCCCGGCCACCAAGGUGGAGAUCACCGUGUCCUGCAGGAACCUUUUGGACAAAGACAUGUUCUCCAAGUCUGACCCAUUAUGCGUCAUGUAUACUCAAGGGAUGGAGAACAAGCAGUGGCGGGAGUUCGGACGCACUGAAGUCAUCGACAACACACUCAAUCCCGACUUUGUGCGCAAAUUCAUCGUGGAUUACUUCUUCGAGGAGAAGCAGAACCUCCGUUUUGACCUAUAUGAUGUUGACUCCAAGAGUCCUGAUUUAUCCAAACACGAUUUUCUGGGCCAGGCCUUCUGCACCCUUGGAGAGAUUGUGGGGUCCCCUGGGAGCCGCCUGGAGAAGUCCCUCACAAUAGGAGCAUUCAGCCUGAAUUCCAGGACAGGCAAACCCAUGCCAGCUGUAUCCAACGGUGGUGUCCCAGGGAAGAAAUGUGGCACCAUCAUCCUGUCCGCUGAGGAGCUCAGCAACUGCAGGGAUGUCGCCACAAUGCAGUUCUGUGCCAACAAGCUGGACAAGAAAGAUUUCUUUGGGAAGUCUGACCCCUUCUUGGUGUUCUAUAGAAGCAACGAGGAUGGAACGUUCACCAUCUGCCACAAGACUGAGGUCAUGAAGAACACCCUAAACCCAGUCUGGCAAACUUUCUCCAUUCCUGUGAGAGCCCUCUGCAACGGGGACUAUGAUCGGACCAUCAAGGUGGAGGUAUACGACUGGGAUCGAGAUGGCAGCCAUGACUUCAUCGGGGAGUUCACCACCAGUUACCGGGAGCUGGCCCGCGGGCAGAGCCAAUUCAACAUCUAUGAGGUGGUAAACCCGAAAAAGAAAAUGAAGAAAAAGAAAUAUGUGAAUUCUGGCACAGUCACACUGCUUUCUUUUGCUGUGGAGUCAGAGUGCACAUUUCUUGACUACAUCAAAGGAGGGACCCAGAUCAACUUCACGGUGGCCAUCGAUUUCACAGCCUCCAAUGGGAACCCCUCGCAGUCCACGUCCCUGCACUACAUGAGCCCCUACCAGCUGAACGCCUACGCACUUGCACUGACCGCCGUCGGGGAGAUCAUCCAGCACUACGACAGCGACAAGAUGUUCCCUGCCCUUGGCUUUGGGGCCAAACUACCCCCUGACGGCAGGGUAUCCCAUGAGUUCCCGCUGAACGGCAACCAGGAGAACCCCUCAUGCUGUGGCAUCGAUGGCAUCCUGGAGGCCUACCACCACAGCCUGCGCACGGUGCAGCUCUACGGCCCCACCAACUUCGCCCCCGUGGUCACCCAUGUGGCCAGGAAUGCGGCCGAGGUGCAGGACGGCUCCCAGUACUCGGUGCUGCUCAUCAUCACGGAUGGGGUCAUUUCAGACAUGGCACAGACCAAGGAGGCUAUCGUCAAUGCCGCCAAACUCCCCAUGUCCAUCAUCAUCAUCGGCGUGGGCCAGGCAGAGUUCGAUGCCAUGGUGGAGCUGGAUGGUGAUGACGUGCGGAUCUCCUCCCGGGGAAAGCUGGCCGAGCGAGACAUUGUCCAGUUUGUGCCCUUCAGGGACUAUGUGGACCGCACGGGCAACCACGUGCUGAGCAUGGCGCGCCUGGCCCGCGAUGUGCUGGCUGAGAUUCCUGACCAGCUGGUGUCCUACAUGAAGGCGCAGGGCAUCCGCCCUCGCACCCUGCCCGCGGCCCCAGAGCGCUCGCCCCCGCGGUCCCCCACCCGCACGCCCCCUGCUUCCCCCCUGCACACGCACAUCUGAGCCUUGUCUGCUCAGAUGGCUGGGGCUUAGGCCAGUAGAAAGGGAGGCGGAGUACCCAGACCCAGCUACAGACCAUCCUGCCCAGCCUUUGGAACACGUGUGCCUGGGAGGCCCACAGCGGGUGGGGCUUCUGGAGACUCCUUCCCAUACUGCCCAAGCCCCUAGAGUUUGGGGGUACGGGUGGUGGAGGAGGGGAUCUGGGCCCCUGCUCUUCUCUCCUUUCAUUGAUACCUGGUUCUGGACCAGCCAGGAAGAUGUUAAUCAGGACGACUGGGGUCCCGCUCAGCCCACUUGAGCUAUUACCUGGGUAAUCCCAUCUGCUCCUAUAUCACCCUGAAGCCUGGGCUAAGCCUCCCACCUCCAGGCCCCCUUCUCCCUCCCCUCCUCCUGUGGUGUCUACUCCUAUACCUGGCCCCUGACCCCUACCCAGUCUCUAUCCUGUCCCAUUUCCAGUGAACCCUGUGAGGCUGCUGGGUUUGCAGGAGUGCCUAAACAUGUGACCCCUCCUUGGGACCCUUGCAUGAAGUGGGAGUCCUACAGACGCAUGAAGGGGAUGCUGUGAUAGUAGAUGGAGGCCACAUGGUGGGCAAGGAAUGGAGGCUUUUCAGGCACAGAGUCAUUUCUGGUGCCUCUCAAGCCCAGUAUGACGCUGGUUCUAGACACACAGAUCCACAGGCCUCUCCCUGGUCUGAGCUCGUAGGUACCUCCACAGUUGGCUCCUGGCUCCAGGAAUCCCCCUUUCUCCCCAGAGACUGCCCAGGGUCCUUGGGGCACCAUCUUCUGCUGCCCACCUGGAGGCCUGGGCAAGAAGCAGCCCAGCUCCAGCACUCCCACACUGCCCCUCUAUCCUAUGGGGAUAGGGGAUGGGAGUCCUGGGUUCAAGCCCUGCCUCCAGCCGUUGCCGGCUGUGGGAACUUGAACAAGGCCUUUCUACCUUCUGGGUCUCAGUUUCCACAUCUGUAAGGCAAGAGGAUUGACCAGAUGACCCUGGGUUUACCUUCAGCUCUGAUACCCUGAGAGUCCACAUUCAUCCCACGCCCAGCUUCCGCCAUCCCACUCCUCACCAGUGCAACCCCUUAAGGCCGUCUUGGUUUUAGGGUCACCCUGUUCCAUCCCAUCACCCCAAAUCCACCCUCGUCCUUCAGCCUUGGGCUCUGGCAUCUGAGCCUGAGCCCUUGCCCCUGCUGUGGGAAAGGUGAGAAAGAUGAUCUCACCCCUGGGCCCACCCAGCUGCCCAGCCUUUACCCACAUGGUCAUGCAUGCCAGUCCCUCCUGCCGCAUGGGGCUCCUCAGCCCACUGAACCUCCCGUUCCUGGGUGGAGACCAGGCCCCACCCCGUCUGUUGCCAGACACUGCUUCCCUUCCUGUCAUGCAUGAUGGUGGUGUUUCUAUGCUGUCUGGUCCUGUGCCUGUCUCUAAGACAGUCUCUGUGUGGAAUUUGCCUUAAACUGAAGUAAAUUUGGUUCUUUUACUAAAGUUCCUUGUUUUCCUUUCUCCUGUGAAAAAUAGCACAGAUGUUGCUGUGCGACAGAGUCCAGGUUCUCCUCUCUCUUUC